AUGGAGUACACUACCCAACCUACUCAGCAGGGAACUCAGGCAACUCAAAAAUAUGUCAUUGAGAAGUUCUCACAGGAACAGAUAGACGAUGAUGUAGUAUGCAGGGUCAUUUGUACUACAGGAGAGAUGAAAAUUCAAGAUCUCAAGGUAGAUGUACUAGAGGUGUUGAGGAAGAAGGAAGCUAUAAAAAAAACGUGGAACUUUGGUCGAAACAGACAUGCAUGCGAUUACCAUUUGGGGGAUAUAAAUCGAUUGUCGAACAAACACUUCCAGAUCAUGUUAGGUGAAGAUGGUAAUCUAUUGUUGAAGGAUCUAUCCACUAAUGGAACUUGGCUUAAUGGUAAUAGAGUUGAGAAGACGCAAAAUAUGAUAUUGAGUCAGGGUGACGAAAUUACAGUUGGCACAGGGGUGGCUAACGACGUGCGCAAUCUAGUUGUGUUCAUCAAUGAUAGCUUCCACAAGAAACUUGAACUGGCUAAGUCGGAGGGAUUGAAGAGCUUGAACAAGCACCGCAGCCCCAGGCUUCCAAAUCCAAAAUCACAAUUGACCGGGAUAUUUAAAGAUUUUUCUAUAAAUGACGAAGUAGUGGGCCAAGGGGCAUUUGCAACAGUAAAGAAAGCAGUAGAGAGGAAGACGGGUAAGACAUUUGCGGUGAAAAUAAUUAGCAAACGCAAAGUUAUGGGAAAUGUAGAAGGUGUGACCAGAGAGCUUGAAGUACUGCAUCGGCUCAACCAUCCAAGAAUUGUUUCGUUAAAGGGGUUUUAUGAAGAUGAAGAAAGCUAUUACCUGUUGAUGGAGUUUGUAUCAGGAGGGGAUCUCAUGGAUUUUGUGGCUGCCCAUGGAUCUGUUGGGGAGGAUGCUGGUAGGGAGAUUACUAGACAAAUCCUGGAGGCGGUGAAAUAUAUCCACCAGCAAGAGAUAAGCCAUCGUGAUUUGAAACCAGAUAAUAUCUUAAUUGAACAGGACGACCCAGUUCUGGUAAAAAUCACCGAUUUCGGUCUCGCUAAGAUCCAAGACAAUGGAACAUUCAUGAAGACUUUUUGCGGUACUCUAGCUUAUGUUGCUCCUGAAGUAAUAGAUGGAAAAUCUCUGGAGGAGAAGAGUGUAAACAAAAAUCUGUAUUCUUCACUUGUGGAUAUGUGGUCAAUUGGGUGUCUGGUAUAUGUCAUUCUGACAGGACAUCUCCCCUUUAGCGGUAGCACACAGGAACAACUAUACGAGCAAAUUUCCCGUGGUUCAUACCACGAAGGACCUCUUAAAGACUUCAAAAUAUCCGAUGAGGCCCGCGAUUUCAUCGAUGCGUUGCUACAGGUCAACCCCAGAGAUAGACUUACGGCAGCCAAAGCGUUAAAACAUCCGUGGAUACAGAUGGCACAAAUGGAUAGUGGUGCAGAAUGGCAAGUAUCAUUAUCACAGUCGCUAUCUCAACAGAAAAUGACUGAGAACGUCGAUGAUGCCCAGUAUGAAUUUUUACAGGCAAAGAGAAAGGCGGAUCUACAAGGCGCACCGGAAAAUGUUGAGAAUGUUGGUCACGCGCACAGAGAAGACGCCCAAGGUUUCAAGGUACCAUGCCAGCCACCUGUUAGGUUUUCCCAACUUAACCCCCAACUAUCUCCAGAAAGCUACGCGAGGCACGAGCCUACAUCCGCACAGUUAGUUAACGCUUCGGAGGAUCUCCGCGAGGAUGAGAACUGUGAUCGUCGAGCGCAGUUUCAAAAAAUCGACGACAAGGGAUUUUCGCCCUCAACACUACAACCAGCACUUUCAAAUUCUUCUUCUGCCUUAUGUCCUAGAUCGUCACAGCAACUUUGCACAAAACGUAGCAUCAAGUAUUUGAGGCAGCCAGAUGGUCUUUUCAUUACUCUAAUCCCUCUCGCAAGUAGCGCAAUACAGCAAGAUAUUCCCAUACACCAAGGCAUAAACCCCUUUGUUUUAGGCCGUUCCGAGGAAUGCCAUUAUAGGAUCGAGGACAACCGCCUGUCUAGGGUGCACUGCUACAUUCUAAAAAAACGUCAUCCUGUUGGAAACAGUAUUCACGAAUCCCCUGCGCAAGGCCUCGACGAUAUUUGGUAUUGCCACAGCGGUACAAACCCAAGCUACGUAAAUGAUAUUAAACUAUCAACUGGUACCAAGAUCAUCCUCCAGCAUGGCGACGAACUCAAAAUCAUCUGGGACAAACCUCACAACUCUGUUAUAUCGUUCCGCCUCCACAUAAAUGACUCCGCGGGCCUCUUCAACGCCGCAAAGGGAAUUCCCGCAACUCGACCUUUGGUCAAGCAGACCGCAGAUGAGCUAAAUCUAGCUUCUAAAUUCAUCGAAAUUAUGCACUCGAAACGAGCACCCGCGAUUACAACUACAACUAAUUCUGCGGCCCCACUUCCAGGUGGCCCUCUGCCCCCCACCCCCCCUCGCAUUCCCACAGGAACCAACCCUACUACCAUCGCCACCACCACCACCACAACUACGACUACGACUACUACUCCUACGAUAACCUCCUCGACUACUGGUUCUCUUCCCAGGGUCCAUUCCGUAUCUUUAUCGCACGACCCAAAUAGGAAACCCAAACGUGCAAAGCUUGCACAACCAGAUUCUGACGAAAGAACCUUUCAAUUCUUAUAG